AUGUUCGCCGGAGCGUUACUACGGAGCACCAUCAGCGCAACCGUCAGUCGUACCGCUCGGAUCGUCUCGGGGGCUAGUCGUCCUAGCCUUGCACAAGCACCAUUGCCCAACUCGAUCGGGUGGCUUUGGAUGAAGCGCAAGAGGUCCGUGUCCCCUGUUCUCGAUCGACACAGCCACAGUCCCAGUCUCAGUUCGAGGCGUCGUCCUCGCGCUCCGUCGUCGUUUGGCACGGCUGCGACCGCGAAUAGUCGUUUCUUCGGUCGCCUGGCUUCUACGCUCUCGUCCGCGUCUGCUUCUGCGUCUGCGUCUGCGUCAUCGGCCGCUCCUCCCACCAGCGCCAGCGCGAAACACGUCGCCCCAGCAGUCGCACCACCGUCGUUCUCCACCCCAACAGCGCCUCGAAGCCGUCGACCUUCACCCGAGGAAACGCGCAUCUACUCGAAAAAGACACUGCAGAGGGUCGAACAACGUGAACAGGAUCGCGCGGCAGGCAAGACCGGCAGUACCAGAAUGAAUCGACGUGGUGGUGGAGCAGCAGGGGGCAGAACCCCCGCAUCCGCGACUGCCCAACCAGGUGGUACACUCGCCAACAACCCCGCCAGGGGGAGGGGCAAUGUCAAGGCGAACAGCAACACCCCCAAAGUCAAAGCCGAUACGACACCGGCGCCGAUCUACGACCGCGCCUACAUCGUCUCGCUGUGGCUAAGGCUCGGUGGGAGAGGUCAGAUCAACGAAAAGUACCUGAGCAACCCCAAAUCGAUCGUGUCCAACUACAUCUCGUCUUUAGGCGCACCACCCAAGUAUACGACCAAGAAGGUCGUCAUCGAGGGCAAGCCUCUUAUCAGGUAAGUCGGCCCGACGCCCCGCGGCUGCGAAGCUCGCUCCUGGUCGGAAAUGCUGACUCCUCAUCGUGAAACUGCCCCUUGCCUAUCCGCCGGCCUUUCAGAGCAACCCUGAUCGCCGAUGCCGAUCCAUUACCACCCCCACCCGUCUACGGUGCGCCUUCGCUCCCCCAAUCCGUCGAGCCUCUCGUCGGCACAGGGGACGCGACGACCAGCAAAGAAGCCGAGAAACUCGCCGCAUUGCACGCCUGCGUUCAACUCUCCGCCCGCGGCCUCUUCACCCCGUCGAACCAACCUCUUCCCGAUCGUCUGGCCUAUUCGGUCAAUUAUGGUGGUGGAGCGAUCAUGAACGGCGAGAAUGCGGUGGCAGGGUCGAGCACGGGUGGAGCGACGACCGCUGCUGCGACGAUGGCACAGGAUUUGGCCGCUUUGAAGGAUGGCAAUGCGAUCGAGUUGGCCGGAGGACAAAUCAUUAAUUUGGAACAGGCGAGGGAGUUCAUGGACUUUUACUGUUCGUCUCUCCCAUCGUUCAGUUCCUCGGUUCGCGAUGGCCUAGCUGCUGACCCUCUUCUCUUUUGACAGGUCAAAAAUUCGGUUUUGGCAAACCCGACCUCCAGAUCACGCGAGUCGCCGUCAAAGGAGCCAACAACAAACGAGCCAAAACUGUCGCCCAAGAGGGGUGGCAAGCGACGCUACUCGUACAAGGGAGCAAGAUCGGCGUCGCCGAAGCGCGCAACAAGAAGCAAGCUUCGAACCGCGCCUACCUCGAUUUUGCGCGUCACCUCGAUUCGAGCGAUCCGACCUUGUGGUCUAUGUGGCAGGACAAGAAGAGGUCCAACGUCAUUGCCAAGGGGCAUGUAAUGGCCCAGGUCGUGUUUGAGGCAGAUCAGGACUCGGCCGAGGAUUUGGAAGAGGUCGUUUAUGGAGCGAGGGGGAGUGGGCUGUACAAGAGGGCUAGGGCGAUGAUCGAACAUCAGCAAGCCAAGAGGGCCGAAUUGAUGAGGCAAAGGCGAAGGAACGUCGAAGGACGCGAAGGCGCAGAGACCCAGACAUCCGAGGCGUUGAAUGGGAGCUCCGAGCAAGAUGAGCAGAGGCUCAAGCUCAAGGAGGCGAGGCUCAAGGAGAAGAGCGACGAUCUCAAGUCGCGUCUGA